AUGUCACAAACAAACCUCGUCCAAUCACCUCGACCUGUUCGACCCACUCUCAAACCUCUCACUUCGCUUUCGACCGUCCCAUCCGAAUUUGACUUGCACAUGAAAAAUCACCGAUCGUACUCUGUCUCUUCAUCGAUUUCUACUACCAGUAGUUCAAGUACUUAUAGUAGAGCUGCGGAAGAUAUGAUCGAUAGACUUGCUGGACAGGAGACUCAUACCGCUAUCGAUCUAUGGUCCGGAGGAAACAUCCGAUUGAACGGUCGAAACCUGACCACUACUGCUCGGGAUGCCGAGGAUCUCCUGAAUGCGUUGAAGGAAGAUGGGAGAUUCGAAUUUGUUAAAUUGACAUUCUUCGACGCUGAAGGUGAAGAUUGGAAGAUCUCUUUCCGAAGAUCGCAUGUUGGUAUUGCUUCACCAGUCAUUUCUGAUUCAGAAUAA